GUUAUUUUUUAUACAUUCAUACCUUUUUCAUUGGUACAGAAGGAAUACCUACUUUAAAAGUUUUGACGGAUUAGAAAUUGUAUAUAAAUAAUUAUUGUGAUUUGAUAUUUUUUUUCAGAAUAUAAUGUACCGAAUAUACUAUUAGUACCUAUUCUAACUAAAAUUAUGUAUUUAUGUGCGAGUUUGUGGUGACAGAGUCCUGUGCAGUAGAUAAGGUAAUGACCCAUACGAUAUGGGCAGAAUGAAGUGUACAGGUAAAUGCUUAAAUUAACAUGCACACCGUUACGUGAUCUUCUCGCUCACUCUAUAUAUUUUUCUAUUGUACAUAAACAGGCGAUAAUACCAAUAAUAGUCAUUAAUAUAGCUGAAGUCCACAAGAGUCGUUUAUAUAUUUUUCUAUUACACAGUUUGGAGACCGGACCUAACGUAGACCGUAGUCAUUGGCGGUGAUCACUAAACAUCGUGUUACAACAAAUAUCUUAUGCCAAGUUAUAAGUAAGUCUAUUGGAAUUUAAUUUAUAGUGUUAAGAAAUGUACUCAAGUAUUCGUUUUCGAGCGACGCGUCUUGAAAUCGCCUCAGCGUGUCUAUUGGGGCUGCUGUCCACGUUCGUCUGCUGCAGUUGUUCAGUGGCAGUAGAGGCAAGCGACGAAGGCCUACUCCUGACGCCCCUAAUACGGGCAGGUCGAAUCGCUGAAGCUCGCUCUGCAUGCAAUGUGACGCCCCUGAGCGGGGACAUCGAGAGCUACUCCGGUUACCUGACAGUAGACGAGGCACACGGUUCCAAUAUGUUUUUCUGGUUCUUCCCGGCCGAAAGCGGAAAAGCAAACGCUCCCGUCCUGUUGUGGCUACAAGGCGGCCCAGGCACGUCAAGCCUGCUAGGUGUGUUCAACUUGAAUGGCCCGUUCUCGGUGUGUAAGAGCUGUGAAGGCGAGCUCAAGUUGCGUGACCAAGCGUGGACGGCUACUCACUCGGUGCUCUACGUUGACAACCCGGUGGGAACAGGCUUCAGCUACACCGGUGAUGAUUCCGGUUACAGUACUGAUCAAAUGGAUGUUGCCCGGAACAUGUACGCCGCCCUGGUGCAGUUCUUCGAGCUGUUCCCCGAGUACCAGCACAACGAUUUCUAUGUGACCGGUGAAUCGUUCGCCGGCCACUACGUGCCGUCCUUGUCGUACGCAAUUCACCAGAACAACCCCGAGGCCCAGGUGAAAAUAAACCUCAAGGGGCUAGCUAUCGGAAACGGCUUGGUCGACCCUCUCAACCAGCUGUUCUACAGCGAGUUCCUUUAUCAACAUGGGUUUAUUGACGAAGACGGAAAGCACAGAGUCGAACAAAUCGAUAAUGUUAUACACGCUCAGAUCCUCGGCGAUGACUACAGGGGUGCGUUCCGGACAUUCGACGAAAUGUUGAACGGAAAAUUAUACCCGUACCCAACGCUGUUCCAGAACCUGACAGGAAUGAAAUACUACUACAACUUGCUGUUAGAUCGGGAGCCGCCAACGAACAAUGACUGGAAGGCGUUUGUGCAAAAGGCGUCCGUGCGGGCCGCGUUGCACGUGGGCCAACGACCCCUGAACAACUUCCAUUUGGUCUAUCAGCACCUGCUCGGCGACGUGAUGCGGUCGGUGGCCCCGUUGUUGGCCACACUAUUGGACGCUGGACGCUAUCGGGUUCUGCUGUACAGCGGGCAGCUCGACAUCAAGCUUCAUCACCGGGGCAACAUGCGCAUGGCCCAGUCGCUCGAGUGGUCGGGAGCUGAACGAUUCCGGAACGCAGCUCUGCGCACCAUUUGGUGUGUUCGUAAACAGAAGAAUGGUAACGAGACCACCUUAGCAGGUUACGCGACCGCUUCCGGUCCGCUGACAGUGCUGUUGGUCAGGGAUUCCGGUCACAUGGUGCCAGCCGAUCAGCCUGUUAAUGCUCUAGAUCUCAUCAACCGGUUCACCACUGGUAAAACGUUUUGACCAACAAUAAUGGAUCAGCGUCGGUCCGUCGACGACAAAUGACAAUACUUCACUACAGUUGAGUUGUUAUCAAAUACCUUUUACUCGCAAACCCUUGGAUCGUAUCUAACUAUCUAAGCAUAGACCGGACUUGUGAUGGAGGGUGGUAGUAUAACCGAUAGCUAUAUAAUAUUUUUAAGUAUUUAGCGUCACUUAAGAACCUAACCACUUAACAUUUAAAUAAAUAUAAUGUUGUAUAAUAAGUAAUAACCAUUUAAAUAUACAAUUUACAAUUUUCAAAAAUUAUUUUUAAUAUGUGUAGCCAAAAAUAAUCAUUGUGUGUUUCGACCACUCCAGAGUUCCUUCAUUUGAUUUAAAAUGAAAAAUGUAUCUUCAUUUUAUAAACAUUGCUUUAAAAUGUAGCUCACAUUGAAUUAACUUUAUAAAUGUUAUAGU